AUAUUUUAGUGUCUUUGCACAAUACCCUAUUUUAGUUUGAGUCUUCAACUCAACUAAAAACUGUCAACCAUGUCUGAACUUCCAGACGAACUAUGGAGAAAAAUCCUUGAAAUGGGAGUCCAAAAAUCAAAAACAAACAACACUAAUUUGAGCUUCAAAGAUCUAUGCUGCCUUUCAAUCUCUUGUAAACGUCUUCGUUGUAUAUCCAACGAAGAUUCACUUUGGUCUUCUUUACUCGCCUACGAUUUCCCUCGUAAACGCAUCAUCAUUUCCUCACCUUCUACCAAAACACUCUACAAAUCUUGGCAUGAGAAAGAUAAGGCAAGAAGAUUAGCGGCGCACAGGCGAGCUGUGCUCAGAAAGGAGAGUCACAUUGCUGAGCAUUCGGAAAGGCUCGAGGAAUUGCGAACGCGUAGGGAUGAUGAGACUGCUAAAAUGAAGAUUGCUGCUGUGGAAUUGUCGAAUUUGCGUAAGGUCAGGCAAGCGUCUGUAGCUCUAAGUGUGUGGCAGCCGGAGGUUAUCCGGGGAAGGCAGAAACAAAUAGUGGAGCAAUGUGCUGUUCCUGUUGAUUCACGUAUCAAUGCGCUUGAGAUGGAAUUGAAGCUCUGUAAACAGCAAGUUAUUGUGCUUGAAAAGACUUGUAGAUAUGAAAAACAAAGGCUUGAGGAAGCAAAGGAGCAGCUAGAGUUCAUGAAGUAUCAUCCGUUGCAUGUUCCUAUAGAAAUUGUGAGUAGAGUUGAUGAUCCUGGCAUCAACAGGAAGAAGUUGAAAAAACACAUUACUGGUUAGAGUUGUAUAUAUGGUCUCUUUUUGUCUAAAAUUUAAAAUAAUUUUACCAGUCAUUUUGCAAUUAAAAGCUUGGACAUCAUCUUCAAAAUUCGUCAAAAGAAACUGUAUUCAGAUGACAUUACUUUUAGUCUUAGUUGUUUUGAUGAUUUAGGGUUAUUACUUGUGAGAAGGAAACCCUAAAUCAUCUAUAUCCUUGUAUAUCAAAGACGGAAGAAAAAAGAAACAAAAAUUAACUUCA